AUAAUUUUGUACUAAAUGUUUCUCCGAUGCAUAAGGUGAUCAUUGGCAAAAAGCGUCUUAAGAGACUCGUUUCUCUUCCUACAACAGGAACGAGAAAAUGGCGAUCAAAGGACUCGAGGGAAGGGGCUGGAUCGGUAAGUAUCUAAGCACAUCGGAAGUGAAUCUUCUAUAAACGCGCUAUGCUUUCAGGAAGAAAAAAUCUAUAGUCUGUAAUCCUUGUGUUUUUAAACUAAUUCGUGACCUUUUUUCUUGGACUAUACUCGCUGUCAAGAAGUUUAUGACAAGCUAUAAAAGUCAGAAUGCAAACGGAGAUAUUUUUAAUUUUAGAAACGAGCGAGACCCCUGCGUGGUUUUUAAUUCCUUUUGAACAGUCAAAAGAAUUGAUUACAGUUAUCGAAAUUACUCCUCUGAGUUACACUGUCAAAGAGACAUAUAGUUAUAGAAGCAUUUUACUUGUAAAUUCAAGGUUUUGCGACGUAUUAACGUCUAUAGCGAUGUCAAAAAAGGACAAUUAACAGCACCUACUGGUAAAUUAAAAUGUACAAACACCAAAAUCUCCUCUCAGUCCAUGUCUUAAAAAGCAGUUAAUCUUAAAUGGCAAGCUAAACGCAAGAUUCAGAAUCCUUAAAACGUUUCUGAAGCUGACAAAUCAGUAUUUCCCCUUGUUGUACUCUUGCUUAAGAAGAUUUAGAGGUUUAAAUUCUUGCCAUUGUAAAUUUUUUUCGUCAAUAAUUUAUUAGCUAAAUCUAUUUGUUUUGUUUUCUUUAUCACUUUUACUGUUAUUUUUCGCCCUAGAUCCGUUGUUAUUUGAGUGCAAUAAUUGUCUUGUGGGAAAUUAGCUUGUUCCAAUGUCUCCUAAGAAAGAAUAUCUUACCAGUCCAUGAGCUGUACUUCUCAAAAGGCAAAACAUUGAAAACUGAACUGAACAUUACUGAUAAGACAAAAUUAGCUUGUGAAACUAUCACUACCGUUAUAUAAUACUCUGUUUAGCUCCCCACCCCAUCCAUCUCAAAUAGUCCUUCCUCUUAUUCAGCCCCCACUUCUCUUUUAAGCUCACUUCCCUUCCCCUCCCCUCCCCUCCCCCUUUAUUGCCAACAAGCAAGCCGAGUGAAGACAGUCAGCUUGCAAGGCGGCCAGCUUAAUGCCACACGAAGUAUUGCAGCAGGCAGAAAAAUUCUUGACUGUGCUGUGAAAAGUGUAAUGUAAGGUGUGGAUUCCCUGGGGAUUUCUGUGGCGUUAGAUUUCAUGUGUAGUUUCACGUGACUUUUGAUGACCUUUGUUGUAAACAAACGAACCCUCAAAGUUUGGACAAUGUUCUCUGCCACACUACUGUACUUGUACGAACUACAACUCACUGUUUUUGCCAUGCUUUUAGCUAUAAUUUCGCCUAGUUCCAGCUGUAGUUCUUACUCUUAAAACGAGUGAAUUGUCUGCAAUUUUUUUUUUCACAACCAAAACAACUCAACCUUGUCCCCAGGUCUUCUCGGUAACAGUGCCUUAACCUGUAGCGACCUUUUUUGACGUCAUUUCCUCGUUAAACACAAAAUAACUUCUUCCAAAUUUGGUCAUCAGUGACUGGUUAUGGUGAAUUAUGUGUGAGCUUUAAGCCAAUCAGAAUUGGGGAAAUAUUUCGAAUGAAUAAUAAUUUUACUUAAUGAUCUGUAAAAAUGACUGUAUUUUUAUGCAAUUUUUUAUGUAUUUAUGUUAACACAAUUUGCCAUUAUUUUAAUCUUUUAGGGUUUUGGAAAGCCAAAUGUUUAUCAUGCAACGAUUGUAAUCUUUCUAGAGUUUUUUGCUUGGGGGCUGCUCACAUCACCUAUGUUAACAGUAAGUCCAAAUAUUUUUGAUUUUUAAACAAAUUAAAUCAGUCAUCAAUUGAAAUCUUUAAGCGAUGUGAUAAUCGAUUAGGGAAAGUGUUUAAUUGAUUAUCGUGUGAACUGUCAGAUAAUUAUUAACUGACAGUAGACUACCACCUAUGGUAAAAGUCGUCAAACUGAAGCAAACUCCUUGUUUUCGUUUUUCUCUAGGUUUUACACACCACAUUCGAAGAACACACUUUUCUAAUGAAUGGUUUAAUACAAGGAGUGAAGGUAAGAUGCUUCCUUAAUUCCAUUUUAACAUCUAUGUAUAUUUGAAAGGUAUCCUUAUUUUUCUUGCAUGAAAAAAAAAUUGUUCUUUUCUUCUUAAGGCUAAUAAGUUGUUGUCACUUUUUUUCAGGGUCUUUUGUCCUUUCUUAGUGCACCUUUAAUCGGUGCUCUCUCAGAUGUUUGGGGACGUAAAUCCUUCCUUCUUGUAACUGUUUUCUUUACGUGUAUUCCCAUUCCACUUCUUAGAUUCAACCCAUGGUAAGUUUAUAACAAUGACUUGAUAAAUGUAAUGGUGACGAUGAUGAAAAAAAUGAUUAGCCUGCGAGCAAGCUCUCUGGGGUGGUGGCGCGGGAAAAGGAAGGAGAGCUUACAACUAAAUCUCUGGAAUUUGAAUUCGGCCUCCAAUUUACCUGUGGCUCCAUGUCGACUGAGCUGUCAGAUUUCCUCCAAUCAGUGUGAAGCAGAAAUGAGCGGGAAUGUAAACAAACAUUGAAAAACACGCAAAAGCAUGCGUUAAGGGUAAUGAUGUCAUUACUAAUGUCAUCUCCGCCAAACAGCAUUUCACAUCGACUUUUUUAAUGCAGAAAAUCAAAUUCCAGAAACGUAGCUGCAAGCUCUCCUUCCUUUUCACGCCCCAGUGCCAGAGCCGCCCAGAGAGCUUGCCCCCAGGCUAAGUGAUGGUCAUUGACUCAGAUUUCAUCAUCAAGGACUAUCAAUAAAGAUAGCACUAAGGCUAUGGUCAAUUUCAUUUUUGUAUCUCCUGAUAAAAAAAGUCAUCAAGUUUGAGCAGUACAAAAUACAAAUUACUUUACAUGUAAUGGUUUAUUACUAGAGUAACACUUCUAAUUCUUCCACGUACGUAGUUUACGUCAUUUUUAAUUUUAAACUAUCAUGUUUGUAAUAAUUAUAUUGAAUGACUGUUUAUUUUUUUCCUGGCAUAUAAAUAAACUGAAACUGAAUUUUAUAAUAUUAUUGUGUUCUUUCUUACGUUAAUUUUUUUGUCUUCUGUUUUCUACACUACAGGUGGUUUUUUGCUAUGAUCUCAGUGUCUGGAAUGUUUGCUGUCACAUUUUCAAUAGCUUUUGCUUAUGUUGCUGAUUGUACAGAAGAAAAUGAGCGAAGUACAGCUUAUGGACUGGUAAGAUAUUCAUUUCUACACUGUAUUUUGAUCAGAGCAAUGUUACAUGAAUGCCAAGGCAAUAGAUGUUAUGCCAAUAUGCAAUUUUUCACAAAGUUAAUCUCAAAAUAAUUUCAUCUUAAAGUAUAAUCCCUUGAAAAUCCCAUUGGAAACAUCAUACUGAACCUUCCAGGGGCACCCAACGACCAAUUAAUGUUUCCAAGUAUGUCAGAACUGUCUCAGAUGGUUUUCUCUAUGGCUGAGAAGCCUGUUUGGUUCAUUUGGAGCUGCCCAGUGAGAACUGUUUAUCUGUUUGGAUGUCUUUUUCGUCUCAUUCACAACUGUUAGCUUCCCUGAUGGGUGCGGUUGAAAGUUCAAGGACAUUUAGUUGCCAUACCUCCAUCAGAAGUUUCUAGGGGUUGUUUUGUCCUUAAAAAUUUAAAAAAGACAAUAAUAAUAUUGCAAUAUCUUGGUAAUAAGAUGUGAAAACAACCUCUGAAAAUCAUAUGUUUGGCUGUAGAAAUUUCUAGGCAAUAUUUACUUCUUCUGACAGUUACUGUAUUUUACAGAAAUAGUCAGUCGGGGCCCCUGCCUUUGAAACUCACAAAUCUCAGGGCUUCUGAUAUUAUGCAAUGGGCAAAGAACACAAGAAUGUACAUGUACAUGUUAACUACAGGUCAAAGAAAAAAAUUUAACCUAGAUUGAUUCUCCAUUAAUUUUCCUUGGCCUCCUAGCCCUAAUUACAGCUGUAGUUAGACAACAAAUUAAAUUCAUGUUAAAAUAAUAAUAAUUAUUUUAACAUGAAGUUAAUUUUGACCUUUGUUUGCUUUUUGUUAAUGAUAUACGAUACAAUAUAAUUUUUUUUCAUCAAAUUUAAUAUUUUUACCAAGAAAUACUUUCCUUGCUGAAAGAACACAAGAAUAUAUAGAGAAUACUUCAUGGAAAGUGCGGGCGUACGGUAUUUACGCACAAGUUGUUGACGUAUCAGAAAUCGAACGAGUGAGCGCAGCGAACGAGUGAGAUUUCUGAUACAAAAACAACGAGUGCGUAAAUACUGUACAAAGCACUUUCUAUGUGGUAUUGUGUUUAUUAUAUAUAUACUGAGAUUUUAAUUCUUGUUUUUCCUCUUUAAUGACAGACCGAGACAAAACUCUGUUACAUGAAUUAAAGUUAAAAACUCAUGCAAGGAUUAUAACAUAAACUUGAAUUUCUGCCAGAAAUUUAACAUUACAGCAAGCAAAUAAUGUUCAAAUAUUAUUUCUAAACUUUAAUCCGAGUCGGACUCCUCAAUUCGGAUUCUCUUCCACCUUUUUUCGGUGGUUUCGGUGACGGAACUCCUGGUUUGAAUGGUCGGCGAGGUAGUAAGCGCAUUAAUGGAAAUCGUAAAUUGUCCUCCACUUAUUACUGCUCCAUCAAAAAAACUCAUCGGGGUUUUACUAGUGCAAGUGCUCGCAGCAGCAGUUUCGUUAGUUGCAGUAGUUACUUGUGUUUGCGACGAUGCUCGGCUUAAGAUGCCUGAUAUGUUUAUUUGUUGAUUUAGGUUCAAGCUACUAUAGUUUGUUAUGCUUUGCACGUUCUUGUGCCCACUUAACUGCAUUAUAUGCGUUGGCGGAAUUUCACUGUCAUUAAGUUUUUGAAUCAUGUGUUUACGAGCACUAUGGUUCGUGAGUCGCUCGUUGUUGAUGUUUGCUUUUGAAGCCAUUGUUUUCAUCAAAGUGUUUAAUUUAUUUACACCCAUAGGUGCCGACUUGAACCAGUGCUUUUUGGAGCCGUCUGUUUUCGUGUGGUUUAUUCCCAAGUAGAAUGGCGAAUCGUCAGCCAUCAUGUUUUCCGGUCGCUUUUCACGGUAAAUUUUGUACGCCACGACAGGAUCUCGUUCAUCACCAGUUGAAAACAUUUUCGGGGAAACUUUUCGAACGUUUGAGGCGUCUACUCCAGACCUUGUUUUUGUCUGUCUUUCAUUGUAAACUAGAUAGUCGUUACCUUGUGCGUCCUUACAAAGCUUUACAUCUCCCCAGCACAAAUCCCUAUGCUCUUGACAAACACGCAUUCCAAAAUGAAUGGUGUUGUUCAGCCAAACAGUAUUCAACAAUGAUUCAGCAGAAGAAACUCCAAGCAAAUUGUUUUCGUGAAGUAUAUCGACUUCUUCGUCCGUGAUAGCCACAGCGGCUUUGUCCUUGUUGCCUCGGCCUGCUUUCUUCAGCUCUUUUUGUUUAGCCUGUAAACACUUCCUAAACAAUUCAAAUUCUUUAUCGUUAAUGAUACUCUUAGUAUAAUUAUUUUUCUUCAAAUGUCUUUCAAUACUUGAAACAAGGCAUCUUAAACUUGAAGGCUCAUAAUCCUCUCCGUCUUUACGUCUCACAGACCGAAUAAACUCCGCAAGGUGCUUGUUUAAUUCUGCGGGCUCUAUGUCUUGCACUUCUCGCUCGUCGUUCUUUUCGUUUCUCAAAAACGUUUCCAGCAAUUUCACAUCUCGUUUCGUUUUCCCUUUCGUAUUCCUGUUUUCGAGACUUUCUACGUAAUCCUCGACUGAAGUAUCGUGAUCAACAAACCUUUUCUCGUUCAUGUUUUUAAGCUUCAACACUUGCGAAAGAUUUCUUUAACAAAGUGAAAUGCUGCGAGCUGAAUGAAAAUCACCUUGUUACGGCUCACACGUCAAAAAACAUGAUAUGCAGCACCUGAUUGGACGUAUCGUUUUCCUCACACGUGGAAAAAGCAAUACGCGCCAUUUGAUUGGCUGUCGGGUUCUUAGACCAGCUUGUGAACCAAAUUUAUUUCGCGCCUUUUCAAUGGGUAAAUCUCAGUACAUAUAUAAUAAACAUGUACAUGUUACAGGUCAAAAAAAAAAAUUUAACCUAGAUUGAUUCUCCAUUUCCUUGGUCUCCUAGCCCUAAUUACAGCUGUAGUUAAACAAUAAUUAUUAUUUUAACACAAAUAUAAUUUUGACCUUUGUUUGCUUUUUGUUAAUAAUAUACGAUACAAUGUAAUUUUAUUCGACCAAAAUUAAUAUUUUUACCAAGAAAUAGUUUCUUUGGUGAUUAUUUUAACACAUGGAUAUGUUGGAUUUUUAGGUUUCUGCUACAUUUGCUGCAAGUCUAAUUAUUAGCCCAGCCUUGGGUGCUUAUAUAGGAAAAAUAUAUGAUGACAGUGCAGUUGUAGCAUUAGCAACAUUUGUGGCUGCCUCAGAUCUCUUAUUUAUCUUAAUUGCUGUUCCCGAGUCCCUUCCGGAGCGAAUUCGUCCAGCGUCAUGGGGGGCACCAAUCUCCUGGGAGCAGGCAGAUCCAUUUGCUGUAAGUUGACAUAGAAAUUGCCUGAGAAAACAGCAGUCAUUUGGUGACGCUACCACUGGUUUCCCCUCCAAGUGAUGUCUUAUAAACAAGCGCAGAAAUUCCAUACUGGUGAGGCAUCAUUACUCAGAUCUGGGUAGUGAUGCGUCGUCUGUAUCGAAUUUCUGCGCUCAUUUCUCAGAUGUCAUUUGGCGCGGAAACCAGUGGUAGCAUCACCAAAUGUUUGCUGUUUUCUCAGGCUAACAUACAAAUAAUUAUCUAAAAAAAUAAUUAUUACAACAGUGCCAUUUGCUAACAUCUUGUGAUGCCACCUCAAGUUUCCCUGCGAAUCAACAUGUGAGGAAAACGCGCAGAAAUACUGAUGACGUCUCACUGCCCUAAUCUGGGUAGCAGUGGUGGUUCUGAUUGGAGGAAGCAACGUUUCCUUGUGGCACAACCAGUCAGAGGUACUAUCCAGACCUGGAUAGUGACACACAAUCAGUGUGGACUUAUUUGAAUUUUGCGCUUCCUUAGACAUUAUUUUGUAGGAAAGAAAGUGAUGGCAUCACAAAAUGGUGGCUGUUUUAGUGGGCUACUUUUCUUAGCAGUAACAAUAAUAAAAUUAUGACGGACUGAAGGCAAAUUAAUUUUACUUGGUAAGGUGGGAUUAGUACAUUUGGGGUAGAAUCUCAUUCAGUUUAGAAAAAAUUGAUCUUAACACAACAUAAAUUUUCAAGCUUGUUGGGCUACUGUUAUGUCGGAAUGAGCUCUUUGAAAUUUUAUCUAAAUCUGAUGACUAUCUCAGGGGUUUCAAUAAGUUUUUGCAUAAGUGGGUACUUAAGAGUAGCAGGCGGGUAUAUUUGCCGAAGGCCCCAAGGGCCUUCGACCCUAGGGGGGUCGGGGGGCAUGCUCCCCCAGAAAAUUUUGAAGUUCUAGACACUCGCACAUGCAUUUUCAGGUAUUUUUUUGUUGCUUUGUUUUUACAUUUUUUUGCUCCUAAGUCAACUAAUUUAAACAAAUUUGAAGAGAAUUAUGUUACAAUGAAGUAGUCAUAGUCAAAACCUAUUUUGCCCAAUUUUUGGGCAAGAAUUCGAAGCUGAGAUGAAAUUAUCUGGUCUUAGUUGACGUUCAUGUGAAGGCUCCAAGCGGGUAAUCAGCCCGUUGCAAGCGGGUAGAUCUACCCGCUACCCGGCUACUAUUGAAACCCCUGCUAUCUUGAAAUCACUGAAAUCAUGCAUCAACUUAAAUUUAACUAACUCAGGAACACAACUAAACUUAUAUUCUCUGUGUAAAUCAUAUUGUAAUUAAAUUAGCUUAAAACAUACUAUAAUUUUUAUUUUGCAACAGCUGGUACUGUUUGUAAAAUAUUUCUUUUUUCCUUUCUUUUCUUUAAAUUUGUGUGUCUCUUCCCCCGCCUCGAUUAGCCUCUCCUAUAUGCGGGUGGAAGCUAUUGUGAAAUUGUAAAUUGAGAUUGAAAGAAUAAAUUUGAAAUUGAAGUUGAAGUUGAAGUUUUGAGUAAACCAACCCUCUCAUAGAUUAAAUAAGUUAUGUAGUGUAUGCAACUUGCUGAAACAGUAUCACUCUCCAUACAGUGUAAAAUUGAUACAGAUCACAAUCAACGGCAAACAAGAUUGACAAAAAUUUUUAAAAAAGUUUUACUCAAUUUAUAAUAUUACUCUGACAUCAGUAUUUAUUUUUUUCAAUUUCAUUCCCAGUCUUUACGCAAAGUUGGCCAAGAUCCUAUAGUCCUUCUUAUGUGCAUGACAGUGUUUUUAUCGUAUUUACCUGAAGCUGGCCAAUAUUCCUGUAUGUUUCUCUAUCUUAAACAAGUAAGUGCUCUAAAUCAUUUGUUAUAUUAUAAUAUUUUUUAAUUCUGUGUUAUUAAAGAAGGCCAAAAUACAACCUGUGUACUUGUUUGAGUUGAUCCUGUAGGAUCCUUUAGGAUCCUACAUAGGAUUUCUACCAUUCAUGGAGAUAACCAAUUAAAAUUUACCAAGCAUCAAUCUGCAUUAUCUCCACCAAUUAGACUGCAAGACAAUGUUAAUAACAAAGAACUUCUUUCUUUCCUAUGAAAUAGCAGUGUAAAAUGUACAUGUACCUUCAGAGUGUGCUAAGAUUUUUAGAUGCUUUUACUUUGAUUUUUGUUUUUCAUGACAAGGCCCAUAUUUUUUCAUUUCGUUUUGCAGGUUAUACAUUUUACUUCAGAAGAUGUAGCAACCUUUAUAGCAGUAUUAGGAGUUUUAUCAGUUAUAUCUCAGGUAAAUAAAUAGAGGAUAUUACAUGGUCACGUGGUGAAAUGAAAUUUCUCUUCACCCCCCCCCCCCCCAAUUAAACUUUAAAGUCUUGUUAAAUAAAGAAAAGUCUUUCAUCUCUAAGCCUCCCUCUUCAGGUAGUGAAUAAUAUUUCACGAGAGAGCACAGCAAACGAGUGAAAUAAUUAUUUUUCGACACGAGAAGAUAAAUUUUGGUAUCUCCAUGCGAUCAUGUAAUGUUUUAUUUAUUAUACAAACACCAAUGAAAUACCAAACCAUUCCACUUUAAUAGCUUUUUGUUUUGAAAGGCACGAUGUAGCCAUAGCAAUGGUUAUCUCUUUCAUGUGUGAAGAUAAUAAUUACGUUAUUUUCACAUGUGAAGAUAUCAUGUUUUCGCACAAAAGCUCACCUGGUAUUUCAUUGGUGUUUAUAUAAUAAAAAAUUAAUAUUUUACAAUAGAUCAGGAUCAGUGACUCAAGAUCUCUUGGAUAAUAGCACAUCAGAGGAACUGACAAUUCCACCCUGGGAUUUUAGGAUUCAAUGGUUCAUUAUUGAUAUACCAUGAUCCAGGAGACACAGCAUUACUGACUCUGAUCUGAAUUAUCUCAAUGGAAUGCACCUUUAGUCUUUGUUAUGUACACUGUAGACAUGUCUCAUCCUGUAUUUUGUCUUUUUUCAUCUUUUAGACUGUAGUUCUUACUUGUCUCAAGAAAACUAUAGGAUUGAAGAACUGCGUGUUAAUUGGAUUAAUAUUUGAAAUUCUUCAGUUGUCCUGGUAUGGUCUAGGAACACAAUUCUGGUAAGUUGAGCAACAAUCAUUUUGGUUUUUUUGAUUAUUAUGAUCGUGUAUGUAUUGAUUGUGUUUUUGUAAUUAUUAUUAUAUGUAAUUAAGUAAAGAUAUUGUAUCUUUUUUCAAAACUGAUGCCAUACCACACCCCUGACUGCCCAUAAAGACAGCUUACCUCCAUCCUUUAACCCUUUAAGCCCCAAUAUCCACAUACAAAUUCUCCAAACUGAUCUCCAUACAUUUCCUUUAACAAUUAGUUGAGAGAAUUUGAUAAAAGAUCAAAGCAUUUUCUUUAUGGUGAUAAUUUUAUUAAUUCUCACAACUUUAUCUCUUGACAGUGUAUGGAUAUUGUUAGGAGAACAUUGUUGUUGGUCACUAUUAGCACUUAAAGGGCUAAAGAGAUGUGUUAGAAUUGGAAUAGUAGAAUUUUAUCAAAAUCAAAAUUCUAACAGUUGGAACUGCCACCAAUUGAUUGAAACAAAAAAAUAUUCUCUACAAACAUUAGAAAUGAUACGCUACUAUUAAAUAACCCAGCAAAUACAAAAAUAGGCCAGGACGGACAAACUUGAAGAAGAUUAAAAUGGAUUGAAAUUGUGGUUUUUUCUGAAAACUUUUUAGCACCUGACAGUUUUUCAAAGUUCAUUUUUGUUGUAUGUAAUGUUUGAUACAAUGCUUUAGAAGUAUAUUUUUUGGACAAGAAGCCAUGAUUUUGCUGUUUUCAAGUAAUUUCUUUGUUAAUGUUAAGUUCCAUAGGGCAUGAGGAAGUGUAAUUGGCAAUAUUAGUGAACUUAUGCAACAGGAUGAGAGAGGAGAGACAACAGCAAACCUAGUGUGACAACCGUGACAAAGAUUUUGUUUGAAAAAGCCUUCCACCAAACUUCGCAUUCCUAAAACAGAUCUUUUGUAGAAGAGCAAAGAACAUCAGUGUUAAGAAAAUUCCCGACAAACUUGUAACGCGAGUAAUAACCCCGUCACAUUUGUCACACACACAAAUUUUGCCAUCUUCUUCCUUCUGCCAUCCUGUUGCGUAAACUCACUACUAACAAAAUGAACUUGACAGCUGUGACACAACCUAUGGUGGAAAGGUUUUAUUGUAGCCAGUGAAGUCUAGGAUACAACCCAUGAUCUUAUGUUGUGUUUGUGAUGAUAGGAUGAUGUGGGCAGCUGGAUCCUUAGCAUCUGUCUCCAUGAUAACUUACCCGGCCAUCAGUGCUCUGGUGUCAUGUAAUGCGGAAGCAGACCAACAAGGUUCGUAAUGAUUUUGAUUGUUUAUCAUGAAGAAAAAUAUUUAUCAUAGCAUAAACGUACAAAAUUCUUUGAUCUGGUUGGCUGUCAUCAGCCCUGUUUUUAGCAUACAAUGUAAACAUACAGAACAUGCAGUUGUGUGCACACUCCUGAAUAGGUUCUUUUGUUUUGUUUUUGUCAUUUUUAUAUAUUUAUUUAAUUUUUUUUUCUUUUCAUGUCUAACAAAAAUCUUCUUUAUUUCUCUAUCUACAUACUGUAAACUGCUGCUUAUAAGCCCAUCUGCUUAUAAGCUCCCCUGGUUAUAGGCCCACCUACAUGCAAACAAAAAAAUACGUCCGAUUAUUAGCCCAUCCGGAUAUAAGCCCCAGUUACAGUUUUGAUUUUGUUUUGAAAUUUAACUGAAUUCUAUUUAUUGCUGCUUUUUUAAGGCUUCAAUUGUAAGAGUAAUAAAUUUAAAUCAUACGUCGAUUGACAGUGCUGUUGCUCAUUUCGAAACGUUUUUUGUCGUCCGCUUAUAAGCCCAUCCGGAUAUAAGCCGUCCCGUUUAUAAGCCCACCCAAAACCCCUUACGAACUUGUUUAAGCUCAGGGCUUAUAAGCGGCAGUUUACGGUAUGCAUUACACCUGAUAAAAUAUUGUAACUAAAAUUAAUAGAGUAAGUAAUGUUAGGUGGAACUUAAUUCAUCUCUGCAGCUAUUUUGUAGGCUUGUCACUCCCCCCAUGCUCACCGCUCACCCAAAAAAAUUUCACUUUUAGUAAAACACGGCGUGGUUGUUGACAUGCCCAUCUGGAAAGUACAUUGGGUGUGACACAGUGUGACUCCCCCCUCCUUUGAAAAAUCCUGACUACAAUGUACUCCCCUGACUAACAUAUUAUUUUUGUGUGUAAUUGUUAGGCGUGGUCCAAGGCAUGAUAACUGGGAUUAGAGGCCUGUGUAAUGGGAUUGGACCUGCUUUAUUUGGACUGGUAUUUUAUGUGUUUCAUGUGGACUUAGAAGAUGAUGAUCUGAAGGGUGUGACUGUCGCGGUAUCAGCCAAUCACACCGCUAUGGAGGAUCCCUAUGGGGAGGUACUGAGAAUAAUGUAAUUAAAACUGGAACAAGAGACUGUGGAUCAUUAUAAGUUUCUGGGAAACUGCCCACCUACCCCUCCCUAGACUACGAGUAGUCCCCCAUUUUUCCUCAGGGAUAGUAGAGCGAACGAAACGCGAGCGUGCGUGGAAAUUAGCCCAUGCGAGAAAAAGCGACACGCGGCGGGGAGAGAGACCUCGGGAUGAUUUUCUCGCGCGCUUGCGUUUCGCUCGCUCGCUCGCUCUACUAUCCCUGAGGAAAAAUGGGGGACUACUCGUGGUCUAACCCCUCCCCUAAGCCGACACUUUGCCACAAGUGGUAAACCAGGGAAACCAGUGGUAGCGUCGCAACGCUAUGUUGGCUCUUUUCUCAGGCUGUACUGAGUCUAUCAUUUGGCAUACUAACUUUAUGAUAUUUUUGUUUCACCCUUUUUUGUCUAAUUCUAGUGUUAACCAUUUUUCUCAUUAUUACGAACGAGAUGAAUUCUAGCCUGCGUAGCGUAGUGGUUUUGUUGGGAGCACCACUGAGCGACGAAGCCGCAAAAACGCGCGCGAACAAACGGCGACGCUCCCGUCCCAAUCUCCUCGCGAUUUCUCUGCCCCCGCCCGCCUAUAUUACUUAGCGCGCCCAACCAAAACCGCCAUGCUACGCAGGCUGGAUGAAUUCUAACUCGACAAAAAUACAAAUUUUCAGAAUAAUUAACGGUAAAAAAAAUUAGGAAAAUUAUUUUGGUUAAUAUUAUUUAUUUACGUAUUUAUUUAUUUAUUUACUUAUUUACUUAUGUUUUUUUAAAUAUUAUUUUGCGUUCAUCUCUAUAGACCAUUGUGAAAGGUGCACCCUUCCUGUUUGGAGCUGGUUCUGUUAUCCUGUCCCUCCUCUUGGCUUUCUUUCUACCAGACAAUGGUGGGAGCAUCAAUCUCACUGGCCGCUCUCCUACAAGACGAUCAAUUGAUUUUAGUUUCCAGAGUGAAUGUGAAAUGAGUGGAUCCGAAUUAAGGGACAUAAACGGUACAACAGAUAACGCAUCUCUUUUAUCUGACACCAAGCCUCUUUAACACCCUCAAGGAAAACUUGAUUUAAGUGAAACAAGCGUUGCUCCGAAUUACAAGACUUGAACAGUGCAACAGAUGGUGCGUCUCUUUUAUCUGACACCAAACUUCUUUAUCACCCUCAAAGAGAACUUGUUGUAAUAAGUGAAACUAGUGGCUACGAAUUAUGGGACAUAAACAGUGCAACAGAUAGUGCGCCUCUUCUGAUCUGACACCAAGCCUAUCUAGCACCCUCAAGGCCCUUAAUACUGCAUUACCAUCCGAGUGCCUUAAAAUUUAUGGCGAUGGAAGUCAAGACAUUGUGCUCCCCAUUCGGCGCCAAGCCUGUUGUAUUGCUACCCAAAGAAUCUUCGAAGGAUUUAAAUUCAUCCAGACAAUCUCAGCUACAAAACUCUUGUACAGGCCAGUUCAAAUGCAAUUUUCCAUGCCAUUUACCGGUAACUGUUUUGUUGCAUGGAAUAUCAAUGCACUUUUUGCCGCGGCUUAGUUUGUCCUCACAUCGCAAAUCCAGCAAGUCCUUGAAAAUAAUGAAAGUUGUACAUAAGAGAGUUUAUGUCUAAUAUAAUUAUGCCUAGAAAUUAUUUAUUCCAGUGCUACUUGAUUUUAUCAUUGUCUUCAUUUUCCCUGAAC